AUGGCGCUAUGGCGCAUCUCACGAUGCACAAAUCGGCAGACAGGGCGAAAUGACGGGUGGUGGUGUAAGGGUCUUGCUGUGCAAUGGGCGGGUCCUCUUGUAUACGGCGAGCAGUCAUCGGGUGAGGAAAAGAGCUUCAGCGUGGCACCAUGGCGCCACGGCGCAGAGAGGGCGGAACGACAAGCACAAUGGAAGUGUCCGCCCGGCCUCAAUCGAGUUCUCAACAACGCGGCAGAGAGCGUGAAACGACACGAGAAGGGUCUUGCAGCACUAUGGGAGUGGUUAUGUACGUGUGUGUAG